ACUAACAUGGGCUCAUGCUACAGGGCUAAAGAGGGCGGUGUAGAAGUGCCCACUCAGGCUGGAGCCCCCACUUCUGGGUUUCAGAGCUCGGGCAUCAGCGCAACUAGGAAUGUCUACGUGACUAGCUGUUUUUAGCUCCCAGACAGCAGCGGCUGACCCAGUUUCUGAAACUUGCUGCAGUGGCUUUUUGUAUGCAGUGUAGAUGUACCCUCACUGUCCACCCUAUGACUCUGAGUUAAGACCCACACCAGGUUAGACCUCCCACACUUAAGGAAUGGCUUCUUCCCUCAUUGCCUUAAAACCCCUCUUGUGCUGGUGAAGUGGCUGCUCUUGCUACCUUGGGAGCAGCAGCGCAGAAUUUGCUGUGGAGUUCACUGACCAUCUUUGUGGAUUGGUUCUCUGCAGUAAGCAAGUGUUCGGCAGGUAUGGUCACACAAGCAAAACCUCAGCUAAGGCUGCCUAAUAUAGCUGCAGUUGGGUUUAAGCAUAGACUGUAGCCGGGUAUCUCUUAUCACCAGCUUGCAGGACCUUUCCUGUGUGAGCCAAGCUCACUCAGCCACACCUCUGGGUGAUGGGAGCAUAUUUGCAUUAUGAAAUUAUCAGCAAAAACACCCUUAUACCCUGUCAGCAACUCCUCAUGUUUACACAGUUGCAGGUAACCUGGUUCCAAUCCUUGUGUAGACGUGACCUUUGAGUCCUAGACUCAUUCUAGGCAGGGUGUAGCUCUUGGUGAAGCAGGGACUUUGGAAAAACUUCAUUCUGGACAGCUGUGUGUUUUAUAGUAAAUGGUUAUUGUGAAACUUUGCCGCACACACGUGCAGGGGAGCAAGAGUGAGGGCUGAAAUAGCCUGUCAGUGCUUUACCCUGCCCUGGGGAGGAGGAGUCUCCCUAAGGCACUUGCCCUUGAGAGGGUGUGACGCAUGCUGAGCUGACCAGGAAGGAGGAAAGCUUUCAAAGGUUCUGUGCACAAACCUUACCCAGAAGAGGAACAGCUGCAGGACAGCUUGGCUUCUUUUUGAACUUCAGAUAAUCCAAGGGGAGACAUAUUAAAAUGAAGAGCCCUAGGACUUUUGAGGAGCAAACAGAGUGCAUUGUGGAGGCACUUCUCUCUGAUCUCCUAGGAGAAGACGAAGGGUUUGCUCCCCGCAGUCUGGAGACAGACUGUUUUGCUGAGUCACAAGCAGGUUGUACCCCCUUUCCCUGCUCUCUCUCUGCCAUCUUAGCACGUGAGCCCUCUGCAGGAGCAGAAGCUUCAAGUAGCUUUGAUUCGGUUAUUAUUGCCAGUCGUCUGCGGAGACUAGGAGAUCAAUAUAACGAGGAUCUGGAGCAGCCUGCCCAGCACAUCAUUGCUGCGGUGGCUAAGGGAAAGGUGGAAAAAUUUGGAGUCAUGGUGGAUUCUCUCAGCAAGAGUUGGAGCAGCCUGAAUCCUGAGCUGGGCUACGAGAGAGCUUUUCUGGCAGUAUCUGUGAAAUUGUUAGCAUACCUUUCCCGGAAAGUUCCAGCUGUGGCCCGUCAAAUCCAGCUUGUGGAGCUGAUUAAUGGGAACCGUGAAGUGAGAGGAUACAUUGAGACCCGUGGUGGCUGGGAGAACUUUGAAAACUGAUGGAAAAGGCUACACUGCCUCCCAGGAAGUGAAAUGGCAGCUUUCAAUGACUUAAACUUAAACUAAACUUAAACUUAAACUUAAACUAUUAAACUGUUUUCUGAAAAUUGUUUUCCCAGCCAUCAGUCUUUCUACUUCCCUCUGCCCUGAAGAUCGAUCCAGUCACUAAUUGAGACACCUCAACACGUAGCUAUUCUUCCACAUCAGAUGUGGCUCUCUUGUUCUUGCACUUAUUCAUUUAUUUACAAAUAAUUUGUAGGAUUGAUUUUGUUUCCCUCCAACAAAGGCUGUAAAUGCAACUUUUAAGUGUGAGGACUGACAGUGACACUUUUGUUCUGCCAGCUUUUGUCCUACCCUGUAACCCCGAAGGGAGAGGGAGCCAGAGAUGGCUGCCUGGUAUCAUGCUGGGAAACAGAACAGCCGAGGAAUUGAGUCCGAGGAAGCUAAAAAGGAGGCAUUGUGAACAAGAAUGCUAUUUAUGGCAGAGCCCACAGAUGUGAGAACUGGUAGCAUUGAACACUGUUGGCCAUCCUACUUCUCUAGCGCUCUAAAGAUUUAACAAAUUUCUACAGUUAGGGGAAUUGUCUUCUGUAGCUGGCCAUGCUCACUGUGAAAGCCCGUUCAAACCUCCUUCUGCUACCUCUGAGUUGGUAUUAACAGAGGCACUCAUAUACAAUCCCUCAGGAUCUAUUGGUAUAUAUGCUCUGCAGUAAAAUCAGCUACACCAAAUCUGUGCCUUAGCCUGUGCCACAUUACACUUGGGUUUGCCAGAGUGACUCCAUAAGGAUUCAAGGUUUUACAUGAUCCUGCAGUUUGCGGAGAGCUCUUUGGGAUGCUGCUGUUGAAUCCGUUCAUUAUAUGAGUAGCUCCGUGAAACAAGGCCUACAUGCCAUAUAGGACUCUGUGGGAGAGCCAGCUCAACCUGGAAUAUCCCACCCCAAAUCAUCACUGGGGUGGUCAUAGAGAGAUGGUUCCACCCCACCAGCGGUCCCCUCAGGAGUCAGCUGCUGCUACUCAAGGGAUCUGUAGGGAGUUGUUUGGAAUUCCUCUGUUAACCCACUUCCAGACUCAGCUCUGACACUAUAUGAAAUCAGUGGGUCAGUGAUGUCUGGGCUGAGAAGCAGAUGAGCACAGUGGCCCAACUUAAUGUAUUUUUAAUAAAAUGAGCAAAUGAAUCUGUAUCUAUGCAAACUAUAUGAAUUUGAUUGCAUCCUUUCCCUCCCAUCUUGUCACUUGUCUCAUACUGUAAGUUGUUCAGGGCAGUGACCGUAUCUCCUAUUGUGUGUACAGUACAAUCCUCUUUUGGGGUCUCUAACCUGGAUCUGGGUCUUGUGGGCCCCUUGGAAUGGAAAUCUGACAGGGUAUGAGCUGGCUUGAGGGAAAGUAGUUGUGCUGCUAGUUGAUUUAAUUAGGGGAUUUGCCCUUACAGCCUCUCAAACAGAAGAUGUCAAUUUAAAAAUCAGGUUCCAAACUAGUGUCUCUCUCUGUUACUAACGCACCCUAGAUCACUGGAAGGGAAAGAAUCUAAAAAUCCAGUUUGUCAUUCUUAUGCACUUAAUUUGCUAUCUGCAUUUCUCUCUACUUGGACAAUGGCAUCAGUUCCACUGGCAUACAGUUAGCUUCUAGGCCAGGGGCUUAAUGUGGCCAUGUUCGGGUUUCAGACUCUGCAGGUCAGUAUUUGUUUUAAAAUGGUGGUUUUCCCUUAGAAUUUUCACACAUUUUUGUUGCUCUGCAGUUACAUGAAGGAUUGCUUUUACAAAAUUUAAAUUUGCCAGAAACCUCUCUUUUGGGGAUUGAGAGGUUUGUUGCACUCAGAAAACCAGGCAAGAGUUCUGCAGAAGUACUCUGAACUGGAUUUGUGACCAAAAUCCAAUAAUUUUGCCAUUUUGCUUGGUUUUUUGCGAGUCUGUAACUAACUCUGAAAUCCCCCAAAGGCUUUGCUUUGCUGGCUGUCUGUCCAGGGACACUCAAUCUGAGAUUUUCACUACUGGUGCAGAAUCUUUUGAGUGUCUAGGAAGUUUAGGGGGGUUUUCUCCUCGUAUCUGAUUCCCAGUUUGAAGUUUUCUCCUUUCUGCCACUGUAGACUCGCUCUGGGUGUUUGGGUCUUGUCAGCUGGAGAAGUUUCACUAGGAAGUUAUGUAAGGUGGAGUAGUUUGGCAUAGUGGAUUUUUUUUUUUUUAAAAGGCUAAUGGAGUUGGAGUCCCUUGACCCUGUCUCCUAGCAAUGAUGUCUGGUGGAGCAGGACUAGGUACUCUGGCCUGGAUCUGGGGAAGCCUGGCUGGGAAGGAUGGGCCCCAAAUAUAUACCCAGGCAUUAUCUCUGUCUAGGAACCUUAUGUAGGUUUCAGAUUAAUGUGAUGAAUGCACAAGCUAACUGAACCUGUUUUGUGUGCACAGCAUCUGUCAAAUGCAUUUUUAGAACAUAGAGUGCAGCUCACAUGCAAAAGAGAGAGUUAUAAAUGUGACUGGAAACUGGAUUUUGCAUAUUGUCUUUGUUGCUAGAACAAUCUGUGUAUUCAGAGUUCAUCAGUACAUUGCUUCCUGUAUGCUGAAUGGUGCACCGAGAAGUGUGGUCUCUUGGGUGACCCCGUGUGCUGGAGGUGUCCAGAUGUUCUACUGAUAACAGGUCCAGAUGACUGCAUCUUCCUGUGCCAGGGAGGAGUCAAUAUCGCAUUGCUGAUGAUGGCCUAGAAAUUAGACUUCACCAAAAACCAUGCGAGUCUCGCUGACCUUCUCUUGAUGGGAUGAUGGAGGGGGGCACUUCAAAGGUUCUGGGAACGAAGUCUUAAAAAUAAAAUAAUUGUUUGUUUUAAUCUAAAACUAAAGGAUAUUUUUAUUGUACUGUGCUUUCUGAUUGUGUUUGAACCCUGCAUUCAAACCCACUCAGAUCAUCCCUGUAUGAAACCCAGCAGGUGGUCAAGUAGUCUAGAUGUCGCAUAGCCACCCGCCCUUGUAUACAGAAGAUCAGCAGGAUAAAUAUAGAUGCAUCAUCCUGGCACAUUAGGAGUUGAAUCUUGUAUAAUGGAAAAAUAAUUUUCCUAGAUUCCCCUGCAGGUUUCAGAUUUGAUUUAUGCUCAUGAUUAAUUUGGGCCUCUUAAAUAUUUCUUGAAUGGGCAUCUUUUUUAGUGAAUAAGGGUAUGGCUGGGUCAAGCUACAAGCAGGCAGCUCACUCUUAAAGAAGCAUGACAUUCUCAUUUAUCAAGGAUUUGGGACAAAUUUAUAAUCCAUGGGUACCUUUGAUUUUGUUAAUACAUUUUUACUGGUAGUUUUUUUAUAAUUCAAAGUAUCCAUAUUUUAAUCAAAUAUCUCCAGACUUAUGGUACAUAAAAGAAGAGGAAACAAUUGGUAAGGUGUCAUGAUCAUGACUUAUCAUAAGAGCAAAGUAUCAGGUUUUUGCUAGCAAAGAGCUGUAACUCGCUACAGUAUUAGUCUUAGGACUCAACUUCUGUUGGUAUUUGGUUUUGUUUUUUAAACCUCACGCCAAAACCACAUCAGAAAACAGUUCCACUGAUAUGAACAGAAAUGUAAAGCAAUUAAAAUUUCACACUUAAAAAAAAAUUUUUUUCAGAGAAUAAAUAUACCAUAUGUUAAGACCUGGUAGGCCAAAGAUUUACUGAUUUGGAGAAAGUAUAUCAGAGCGCACACUACUGGCAAUACCCAGAAGCGGUGUUCUAGGGAGAACUGCUAGCUUCCAGCAGUGCAGAAGCAGGGAAACUGCUUCUGUUCAGUAAAUAAGCUUUUUUCCUUGAUCAUGGGUUUAAAAAGCUUCAGUAGAAAUGGAAAUUGUCUUUAUAAAUAUUGUAAAAUAUUUACAGCAAAUAAAAUAAAAUAAAAUCAAAACCUA